AUGACGACUACCGUCAACCUCGACAACGACGCCAUUGCGCGCGCCGGUCUUGUGGACCCCGAACAUCACGGCAUCCACCCGAUUGACGAUGAGAAGCACCAGCAAGACUUUGCUGCUGAGAAGCGUCAAAAUGACUUUGAUCAGCACAGCGUCACCACGGAUGACAACGAUUGGCCUGACAAGCCCACGCCAGAGCAACAGCGCACUCUGCGCCGUGUCUCCGGCAAGAUCAAGUGGGCUAUGUGGACAAUUGCCUUUGUUGAAUUGUGUGAGCGUUUCUCAUACUACGGAUCGGCUGUCCUCUACACCAACUUUGUCAACCACAAGCUUCCCAACGGCUCUACCACCGGCGCUCCUCUCCCAGGCGACAAGCACCCACAGGCUGGUGCCCUCGGGAUGGGUCCGCAGGCCGCCCAGGGUUUGAGCUUGUUCAACCAGUUCUUUGCCUACAUCAUGCCUCUUCUUGGUGCCUGGAUUGCUGAUGCUCGCAUGGGUCGCUUCUGGACUCUCCACCUGGCCAUUGGUAUCUCUACCAUUGCCCACGUCAUCCUUGUCGCUGCUUCCGCCCCUGGUGUUAUUGUUCACCCUGAUUCUUCCUUCGCCGCCUUCAUCAUCGGCCUUCUCUGCCUUUGCGUCGGUACCGGCUUCUUCAAGGCCAACGUCUCCCCUCUUCUGGCUGAGCAAAAUGAAGACACACGCAUGCGCGUUGAAGAACGCAAGGGCGAACUUGUCAUUGUCGAUCCUGCCAUCACCAACACCCGUAUCUUCCUCUACUUUUACCUCUGCAUCAACAUUGGUUCCCUUACUGGCCAGAUUGGCAUGGUCUACGUUGAGAAAUACGUUGGUUUCUGGCUCGCUUUCCUCAUUCCCACCGGUCUCUUCCUUCUCGCCCCCUUCGUUCUCUGGUCACAGAAGAAGAAUUACAAACUCACACCACCCACUGGGUCUCUGCUGGAAAAAUUCCUCAAGAUGUGGUUCUAUGUCCGCAAGCGCUCCCCCUCUUCCUUCAACUUCAACUGGGAUGUCGCCCGCCCCUCCAAAGUUGCCAUCAGCGAGCGCCCGUCUUGGAUGACUUACGACGAUGCUUGGGUUGACGAGGUCCGCCGUGGUCUGAUGGCUUGCAAGGUCUUCCUCUUCCUGCCUGUCUUCUUCCUGGCAUACAACCAGAUGACCAGUAACUUGACCACCCAGGCUAGCACCAUGAUGCUGCACGGAGUGCCCAACGACAUUAUCCAGAACCUCAACCCCAUCUCUAUUGUUGUCAUGAUUCCCAUAUUUGAUCAUGGUCUCUACCCUCUCCUCCGCCGUCUAGGACUUCCCUUUACCCCCAUCAAGAGAAUGACUGCUGGUUUUUUCAUGGCCACUCUGUCCAUGGUUGCUUCUGCCGUCAUGCAGUACUACAUCUACCAGAAGAGCCCUUGUGGAUGGCACGCCAAUGGCACAGUCACCAACGACGCAGGAGAGGAGGUCAACUGCGCUCCUGCGAACAUCAACGUCUGGGCUCAGUGUCUUCCCUACAUCUUCAUCGGUAUCUCCGAACUCUUGACCAAUGUUACUUCGUAUGAGUACGCCUUCUCUAAAGCUCCCGAGAACAUGAAGUCGCUGGUCAUGAGUGUCAACCUCUUUAUGAGCGCUGUCUCCGCUGCCAUUGGCCAGGCCUUCACGCCCCUGUCCACGGACCCUCUUCUUGUCUGGAACUACACUUCCAUCUCUGUCAUCGCCCUUGUUGGAGGUAUUGCUUUCUGGUUCUGCUUCCGCCACCUCGAUUCCGAGGAAGAUGAGUGGAACAUGCUCAAGAAGUCGGAAUACGUUGGCCAAAACCAGCCCGGCGUCGGCAAGGCUGCCGAUCUGGAGCACAACAAUUAA